AUGUCAGCAGAAAUUCUUGAAAUCAUGAGGAAUUCAACUGAAUGCAAUCCAACCAUCUUCUCCGUCUUUCUCUCUGGAACUCUUCACAAAAUGAGCAUGAUUGAGAACAUUGUCUACACAUUAAUCGUGUCAACCUCUUCUUUAUUCACCGUAUUAUGUUGUCUCGUGGUUGGCCGUUCCAACGUUUUCCAUCCAAAUCUUCAAGGUCCCAUCUGGUGGACAGCCUUCUUCUACUUUGAACUCACAAUCAGCAAGAUGUUGACUAUUGUUUUCCAGACAACAUACUUGAAUGAUCACUAUGAACCAUCAGGUGGAAUGUUUAUUCUAAUGUGGAUUGCUGCAACUCAUUAUCAUUUCAUAUUUACUGUAAUGGCUGCCCCGAUAGUCGUUGUAGCUGAAAGAAGUCUUGCCACGAAAUUUGUUUUUGACUACGAAAGAAAGAAGCGCCGUUACAUACUCGUAUCUCUCUUUUUAUUUCAACUCGGUUUCGCAACCAUCUUCACUCUUCUUACUGUAUUCAAUAUACUUCGAUAUGUGUCAGCAGCAGUUAUUGCUGGUCUUAUUGCUAUGACUUCACUCCUCAUUUUUCUCCACAUAAACCGAAUCAACAAGCGAACUUUGCGGUUCGUUGAGACACAGAACAGGGAUAUUAAAUUCGAUUUGAGCGUGAGAUACCAGCUGCGAGAAAACGUCAAAACAUUCAAGAUGUUAAACAUAUUGCUGCUCAUGCUCACAGCAAUGAUUGUUCUUCUGGCUUUUCUGAAAACUAUUCCAAUGAUUAUAGGAGUUGAAGAAGACACAAAGUACAUCUUCAAAAUAAGUACAGAUAUGAUAGUACACGCUGGUCCAAUUUACGUGACUUGUACAUUGAUCUGGGCUGUGGACGACUAUUGGAUAGUGUUCUGUAGAUUCUUGGGACAAGAAAAACAAAAAGUGAUUCCUCGAAAACCCGAUUCGAGCAAGAAGGAAGAAGACAUUUACUUCGAGCAAUUUUUGCAAUCGUUGAAAUAG